AUGCCGAAUCUACUUGCCUCCCAACCGAGUGCCAACUCUGCGAUCGCUCUACCCGUGUCGUCCGAAAUAUCCUCCAAACCCUGGUAUCUCGACACAUGCACCAGCUUUAAUAUGAACGGUGAAAGGCAUUUGAUGAUGCGUACGAAGUCAUUCGAGGGGAACCUUAAGGUUAAGGAGAUAGGGGAUAUCCUCCUAGAAUCAGACGGGGGGGAUAUCAUGGUCCGCGACGUGCAUUGGAUCCCGAACCUCACCAUCAACCUGUUGUCAUUCGUGAAGCUAGAAGAUCAAGGCUUCAGAUUUGAACUAUCCUCAUCCACCCCGUCUUAUUUCAUCAUACGUGCCCCAAACGGUGUCAUAUUUACCGCGAUUCGUACACCCCAAAGCUCCAUCUAUAAGAUUAUCGAACGAGAUUCAGAAGUCCAUGUCCACCAUGUGUCCAAAGCGGUCAAUUAUAUCGCCCAAUCCUAUCAUUAUGGAGACUGUGAUGGCGACAGUCAAUGA